AUGGUAAGCGAGAAGUCGCCUCGUUUGAAAUCUCGGCUCAAAAAACCAGCGGUGGUGCCGCAGAUCGAGGAGCAGGAUGGCGGAGAGCUCGCGUCGGGAGAGUUAUCGCUGCCAAUUAACGCCUCGGAGGACAUGUUCCGAUAUGAGAAAAUCGCCGAGGCGGGUACGGUGGCAGGCGGCGCGGACGAAGAGAGCUGCAGCAGCAGCAGCACCGGUGACGCCUUCUCGGUGCCCGACUUCAUGAAGGCCAGCAAGAGGAACGCCGGCACUUUUGCCGUGAUCAAGGUGGAGAGAGACAAGGGAAACAUCCACUUCAGAUUGAGGGCAGAUAUUGAUCCCAGCUGGAUGGUACAACAACAGCGAGCGAGGCAGGCGGCGACCGAGGCUGCGGCCGAGGCGGAGCGCAAAUUAGCCCAAGUGGCCGAAUACAAGCGCAAAUCGCGCGCCAAUCAACUCGAUCGCAAGAGACUCCGCCGGAUUGCGAAGCCGGCAACAGCUGCGAAAAGUAGUGAGCAACAAGUACGGCCCGCUGAGGAUCCGCUCAAACAUCUCAAAUCCGAGGUAAAGCUCAUCAGAGCGGCACCUAAGUCGACCGCCGUCAAAACGCCGCACAAGUCGGCGACAAAAGCGGCUCACAAAAUCAGUAACGGGAACAAGCAGUUGCCGGUUAAAAGUGUGCAGCUCAAAUCUGCGGGCAGCAAGAAAAUUUCCAAGCCGCAGAAAAAAAGCCUGCUGAGUGCCGUGUUUCCGACGAGGAAAAAGAAGCAGCCGGCCAAAGUGGUGCACUCGCCGCGAGCGAAGAAAAGCCCAAUCAAGAGGCUGAUUAAGAAAACGACCAUUGCUCUUCUGAAAUCACCGCGUCCACCCAAAGUCGUGACAAAAUCGGUUAUAAAGAAGGAGCCUAAAAGCCAGAAGUCCCUGCAAAAGAAUAAAAGUGCUGUAGUGAAGGUUGCAAACACGCGGGUAAAUGACAAAAGAGAGAGCAGCAAAAAGAUUGACGCAAAGCUGGCAGUGAAACCAAAAGCUACCAAAGUGGAAAAACAUGCGAAGACGAUCAAGGAAAAGCCAAAAAUUGAAACAAGAAAAAUAGUAAAUCGAUCAGAGAAAAUAGAAGGAGAGAAUAAGAAAAUUCCAUUGAAAACAAAGGACCAACCCAAAAAAGUAGAGAAAAAGGAAAAGAGGCAAAUUCAGAAAACUCCUAAAAUUGCGUUGAAAGAUUUUGACAGCAGAACAGUCGUCAAAGAAAUAAAGCAGGACCUCAAAAAGGAAGAAAUUAUUCAAAUCAACAAAGAAGUUGGGCCAUGUUUCUCUGAAAUUUCUUCAGCACAUAGUCGGUCAUCAAGUGAAAAUCUAUCAAGAGCUCGGUCGGCAAAUAUUUCUGCAACAAGUUCAGGAAAGGCAAGCACCAGAAGCAGUUUAAGUGAGCAUGACAAAGACUAUGAGCUUAGAAAAAUAACCGUUGUUGAGGAGAUUGAGGAGGUGGAAGAGUUUCAAGAAUCACCGCAAGAGCCCGAAACCAUUGUUGCAACAAUCACCGAGGACAUUGCUUUGGAAGAAGAAAGUUUGAAAAGUCGGUUAAGUUCAGAGAGCAACAAGAGCUCACAAAGCCUCAAAAUUUCAGAAAGUUUUAAAACCUCGGUUGGUUCAAAAAGCUCAAAAGCGUCGUUAAGCACCAAGAAUAGCAGCCAAGGAAGUGACUUGCUCGUCGCAGAGAACAAUUCUGAGAGUGCCAUGGAAAAAUCUGAAAUCAAAGAAGAUUCUGGAAAUGAGGAGAACAGCAAGUUUGAAAGUGCUCAGUUGACCCCUCAGAUGACUCCUCAGAUUACCCCUCAAACCUCCGAAAAUUCCCCCUCGUCAUCCACGCCCAACAAAUCUCUGUAUGAGCUGCAGCUGGAGGCCGAUAGAGAAAGACUUGUCCAUCAAUUAUCAAACGAAGCUUAUUCAGACGAUUCAUUCAACACGGACGACGCAUUCGAAGAGCUGCAAAAUUUGCCCGAGGACUUGAUAUCGACCCUGACCGAUGACGAGUUUGAACUGAUUAAGGGAAAGGUGGAGGAGAAGAAGAGGAUGUUGAAGCACGUGAAGCUUUCUGAAGGCCAUGACGAAAGCUACUUCACAGCGGAGGAGUCUGAUUCAGAAAUUGACAUCACAGACAUCGACUUCAGCGAGGAGCUCAUCCAGAUCAUGAAGAUGCGGAAAAGGUCAAGUCAAGCACAGAGGGAUUCGGUGCAGACGGAGAGGAAAGAGUCUGAGGCGGAUCGACAAACUGAGCAUCAGGAUCAACAAAAAAAGGGUUUGCUGAAGAGGCCAAAGGUGAAGGCGGAGCAGCCAGUUGAUGAGGAGAUUAACAUAUUCAAAAUGUGCGAAGCCUGUGGAUGGAAGGUGUGCCCAGCGGAAAAGUACAAACCUGAACCACCAAAGGAAGGUGAAGAGGCGUCACCAGAAAAGGAGCACGGCGAGUGCCCCCAGUGCACCAAGGACGUGGUCAAAGAUAGGCCAUCGCAGGCGGACUGCCUCAACUGCCGCGGCGUCUUCGGCAGCAAGACCAUGUUCAAGCUGGAAUUCGAUUUCAAGGAAAAGAGGAGCAAGGCCAUUUGCACCAUCUGCCUGGGGCCGUUGCUGAUUGCCCAGAAGGAGCCGCGCGUCAAACGGGUGCCUCCGCAAGGUCUGCGCAUGGACAUCAAACGCGACCCCGUCCUUGCCGAGAUGAUCGCAAAGUGGAGCGACAAGUUCGACCGGCACACGGGUGAUGGUUUGCCGCACGACCUCGGCGUCCUCUACAGGACCAUCUACCAGAAGAGCUACGCCGACGCCCCUGAACUCAACGUCGUCCGGGUGAAGCCACCUGGUGCGGAAAUUCCGCCGAGGCCCAAGUACAAAUGCCCCACCACUUUCACGUUGGACUACCAGUACAUGGGCAAAGGUGAUCGACCGCAGAACCCUCGCAUUGUCUGCAAAGAGCUUAAUCACUGCUCAUGAAGAACUAUU